AGGACCAAAUGUACAGAGUGUGGCGUCUGCCGUGGAGGAGAUUUAUCCUCUGCUGUUUGAGUGUCGGAAAACACUGUCAUAAACCACACGCACACACGUAGGCACCGGUUUGAAAUGAAAAGCACCUUAUCAUUGAAUGUUUUAAGGCUUGUAACUGUUGUACUGUAUGUGUCUCCAAGGCAGCUUUUUUGCCAUUUCACGUCCAAGCGGGUCUGGGUCGUGUGUUUUCAGAGUCAUGCCUUUGAACGUUGACUUUGGUGUUUUCGGACCCCACGACGAUUAAUGACGACCUCUUAAAGCUCAGAAGAGGACCAUUAGUGCAUUGACAUUGUGUUGCUGACAUUGUGUAGUUUAUAAACACUUGAAUUAACUGUAUUAUAAUGCAUGGACACCAAAGUAAAAACUGGCAAGCAGUGACAUUUUAAGAAUCGCAUUUUAAUGAAACGUCUUGGAAGUUUUAGGUAUGUUAAUUCUAGUGACGUCUUUACGGCUCAUUUAACGAUACUAUAAAUCAGAAGCGAGAGGUUAAAGGGCAAACAAACACUUCACAUUUCAACAGCAGGUGAUGCAUUUCUGGUUUACGCUGUGGACUGGAACACUCUGGAUUGUGGAGGAGUCUUUGGUCCAUAUGUUUAUGUAAUAUGUGAAAACUUUUGUAUUUUAUAAUAAACAAAUAAAAUAACCUCUAUAUUAA